AUGGCUCCCUCCGCGAUAGACGACCCGAAGCAGAGGCGCCCGGACGAGAAGGCGUAUCCCGCCGCCAACAUCUUCCCUGUCAAGGAGACUCGAUUCGAAAAGUACAUUGAGCCUCAGGCUGAUGGAUACAAGAAGGCCCUCGAGCAACACGGGGGCGAUGCUGCCAUCGUCAUCGACAAUGGGUCUUGGGCCGUCCGUGCCGGGUGGUCUUUUGAGUCGGCGCCGCGGUUCAGCAUGCCCCCGAUAAUGGCCAAGUAUCGCGAUCGCAAGUUCGGCAAGACUUUCUCGUUUGCCGGAUCCGACUGCUACGCCGACACGACAGCUCGAGGCCAUAUCCGAGGAGCAUUCGAGGCCGGCACGGGCAUCGUGAGUAACUGGGACGUCAUGGAGCACGUCCUGGACUAUGUAUUCCUCAAACUGGGGCUCAACGAAUCAAGCGACGGAUCGGUAGACGUCCCCAUUGUCAUGACAGAGGCCGUUGCCAAUCUGCCGUACUCGAGAAAAUCAAUGACUGAGAUCAUCUUCGAGUGCUACGGCGCGCCAUCGCUGGCCUACGGCAUCGACUCUCUCUUCUCGUACCGACAAAACAGGGGAAACACAGGCCUCGUCAUCUCAUCAUCCCACACUUCAACGCACGUCAUUCCAGUAUACAACGCCAAGGCGAUUCUCGGCCAGGCGAUCAGGCUCAAUUGGGGAGGGUAUCACGGCGCCGAGUACCUCCUCAAGCUUAUCCGCUUGAAAUACCCUGCCUUCAAUGCCAAACUCAACGGCUCACAGGCCGAGCACAUGAUCCGGGAUCACUGCUACGUAUCCAAGAACUACGACGAAGAAAUCAAAAACUACCUCGACUGGACAGGUCUGGAAGACAGAGACGUCGUCAUCCAGUAUCCCUACACAGAGGAAGUCGUCGUCCAGAAAACCGAGGAGGAGCUCGCCAGGAUAGCAGAACGCAAGAAGGAGAGCGGCCGUCGGUUACAGCAACAGGCCGCCAAGAUGAGGCUCGAAAAGCUGAUGAAGAAGGAACAAGACCUCGAGUACUACAAGAACCUACAGGCAAAGCUUGUCGACGAGACCAAGAAGGAAAUCCGCCGCCAGCUGGACAGCCACGAGAUCAAGGACGAAAACCAGCUCGACAAGAUCAUCAAGGAGCUGGAAAAGUCCAUCAAGAAGGCGCGCACAAAGGACGUCGGCGGCGACCCCGAAGAGGACCAGGAACAGCCCAACUUUGACCUGCUCGACGUGCCCGACGACCAGCUCGACGAGGCGCAGAUCAAGCAGAAGCGCCAACAGCGCCUCAUGAAAUCCAACCACGAAGCCCGCGCGCGCGCCAAGGCCGAGAAGGAGGCCGAGAAGGCGCGGGUCGCCGAGGAGGAGCGCCUCGACAAGGAGCGCCGCGAAAACGACCUCGACAACUGGCUCGAGGAGAAGCGCCAGGCUCGCCUCCGGACCCUCCAGAAGAUCAAGGAGCGCGACCGCCUAAAGGCCGAUCUGGGAAACCGCAAAUCCCUCGCCUCCCAGAUCCGCAUGAAGAGCAUCGCCAACCUCGCUUCCGAGAAUACGACCAAGAAGCGUCGCCGCGGCGGGGACGACGACGACUUCGGCGCCAACGACGACGACUGGGGCGUCUAUCGCCAGAUCGCCGUCGGUGACAACAGCGAGGACGAGCAGGAGGAGGAGGACCUCGCCACCAGCCUCAGGAACCUCGAGCAGGAGCUCCUCCAGUACGAUCCGGACUUUGACUACGAGCAAACCCAGGAGGCGCAGUCCGACUGGUCCAAGUCCCUGCUGCACGCCUUCGCCCGCGGGCCCCGCCCCUUCGACUCGGCCUCCCAGGCACAGCUCAACCAGAUCCAUCUCAACGUGGAGCGCAUCCGCGUCCCGGAGGUUGUGUUCCGCCCGUCCAUAGCGGGCGUCGACCAGACCGGCAUCAUCGAAAUCGCGGGGGACGUGCUGAACCAGCGCCUGAGCGGUGUGCCUGACCGCGACGCCUUUCUGAAGGACAUCUUCCUCACCGGCGGGAACACCCUGUUCCAGAACUUUGACCAGCGUGUUCGUGAGGGUCUCAGGGCGCUGCUGCCCGCCGAUUCGGAGUUGAAGGUGCGUCGUGCGCAGGAUGCCUUGCUGGAUGCGUGGAAGGGUGCCGCCGGCUGGGCGGGGACGCCGGCGUGGAAGGCGGCUACAAUUACGAGGGAGGAGUAUCGCGAACAGGGACCAGAGUAUAUCAAGGAGCAUGACAUGGGCAACUCGUAUGCUUGA